AUGUUUGGCGGGACCGAGACAGUAGCGUCCGCGAUAGAAUGGGCCAUGUCGGAGCUGAUGCGAAGCCCAGAAGACCUUAAAAAGGCCCAACAAGAACUGACGGACGUAGUGGGCCUGGGCCGCAAGGUAGAAGAGCAUGAUUUCGAGAAGCUAACCUACCUCCGGUGCUGCAUCAAGGAGACCCUCCGCCUCCACCCGCCAAUCCCGCUCCUCCUCCAUGAGACCGCCACCGACGCCGUCGUCUCCGGCUAUCACAUCCCGGCGGGGGCGCGCGUGGUGGUCAACGCGUGGGCGAUCGCGCGCGACGAGGGCGCUUGGGAGGACGCGGCGUCGUUCAAGCCGGCGAGGUUCCUGGCCGGCGGCGGCGUCGAAGCCGUCCCGGACUACAGGGGUAGCGAUUUCGAGUUCAUACCAUUCGGAUCGGGCCGGAGGUCGUGCCCCGGGAUGCAGCUCGGGCUGCACGCGCUUGAGAUGGCGGUGGCGCACCUGCUCCACUGCUUCGAUUGGGAGCUGCCGGGCGGGAUGAAGCCCGGGGACCUGGAUAAGAGGGAUGUGUUCGGGCUCACGGCGCCACGCGCCACCAGGCUCACGGCGGUGCCGAGAACGAGGCUAUUGUGCCCGCUUAAUUGA